AUGUGGAAUGGACGGUUGAAGUGUGGCGUUCGUCCCAUUGACUUGGAAAACCACAAAAGCUUUCUGCAGACAGGAUUCUUUUCUAGAAUUGUUGGAGGCAGAAAUUCUGAGGCUGGGGACCAACCCUGGCAGGUAUCUCUCAAGCUGGGCCGUUCCCACUUCUGUGGUGGCAGUUUAAUACAAGAAGAUGUGGUUGUAACUGCAGCUCACUGCGUAUUCACCCUUGAGCAGAAACUAGUGCAGAAUCUCAUCGUGACUGUUGGAGAACAUAACCUCAGAAAGGCAGACCAGCAAGAACAGAACAUCCCCGUCUCGCAAAUCACUGUGCACCCUGACUUCAACAGGCUUGGUUACAUGCAUUCUGAUAUCGCUCUGCUGCAUCUGAAAUACAGAGUGAAGUACGGACAUAGGGUUCAGCCAAUCUGCCUUCCCCACAAAGAUGAAGCAUUUGAAACCGGGACACUCUGUGUUGCUAGUGGCUGGGGCAGGGUGUCAGAGGCUGGUGAACUGUCCAGCGUUCUGCAGGAAGUGGAGCUCCCUAUCAUUGAUAGAGGAACCUGCAGUGCCCAGUUAAAGCAAAUGAAUCUGCCUUCAUUAGGAAGCUCCAUGCUCUGUGCCGGCUUUCCUGAUGGUGGGAAGGAUGCUUGUAAGGGUGAUUCUGGCGGUCCCCUCGUGUGUCAAAGAGCCAGUGGUAUCUGGACUCUGGCCGGCAUCACAUCGUGGGGAGUUGGCUGUGCAAGAGGCUGGGAUGCUCUUCAGAAAAGUGUCAGUGAAAGGGGUUCCCCGGGCAUCUUUGCCAACGUAGCUGAACUGAUGAACUUCGUCACCCAGAACAUUAUCCCUGUGCCAGAUCGCCUUCUCCCACACUUCCCUGAAGGAUGCAGCCCCCACGGAAUGCUGGUCUUUGGAGCAAGUGGCCGCAUUCAGUAUCCCCAAUCCAGUGAGAGUAACUACCCUAAUAAUAGUCUGUGCAUGUGGAAUAUAACUGUGCCGGAAGAUAAAGCUAUAUUGAUACAGUUCACCAGAUUAGAUUUAGAGAGCCAGAUCACAUGUGACUAUGACUACAUGUCCUUCUAUUCAGACAAGAGAGAGCUAAUUGGUAAAAUCUGUGGGGAUGUGUUACCAGCCCCUCUGCUGAUUGACUCUAAUCAAGCAAUUGUUAAUCUCGUUACUGAUGGAAGCAGCACUGGCAGUGGCUUUGAAUUCACCUUCACAGCUAUACCUAAGGAAUCAGAAGCAGGUUCUGGCUGUGGGAGUGUUGCAGUACUGAUGGAAGAGGGAAAGAUUGAUACUGCUAAUUACCCUGGCGUGUAUCCCAGUAACAUGCAGUGCCAUUGGUUCAUUGAAGCUCCUGCAGAGAACGUCAUAAAGCUGGAGUUUGAAGACUUUGCUGUUGAAUUAAGCGAGGGCUGUAUCUAUGAUGCAGUUGUCAUUUACAGUGACACUGAAGAGGAGCACCAGCUAGCCAAGCUGUGUGGGUUCUCAAUCCCCACCCCAAUUCUGAGCCCUGACAAUGACAUGUUGAUACAUUUUGAAAGCGACGGGGAGAACAACUUCAGAGGAUUUAAGGCUAGGUUCACCUUUGUUCCUUCAGUGGAAGAAGCUGAAUCGGUAGUUACAGAACCAAUUGUUCUACAAACAUCCACUCCAAAGAAUAUCCCCAUAGAUGUCUGUGGCUUUCCCCCAUUGAGUCCCCAGUGGCUAUCCAGACGUGUUGUCGGAGGAGAAGAAGCAUGUCCCCAUUGCUGGCCUUGGCAGGCAGGCUUGCAAUUUCUAGGUGACCACCAGUGUGGUGGCGUCGUCAUCAGUCCAACAUGGGUACUCACAGCAGCCCACUGCAUACAGUCAAAAAGUCGACCUCUGCACUGGACUGUCCUUGUGGGAGACCAUGAUAGAACCUUGAAGGAAUCAACAGAACAGGUGAGACAGGUAAAAACGGUUGUGGUGCACCCUGACUUUGAUAGAGUGAGCUAUGACUCUGAUAUUGCCCUGAUCCAACUGGACGUCCCUCUGGAGUAUAACUCCGUUGUGAGGCCAGUAUGUUUGCCCAACAGCACGGAACCCUUAUCUCCCUCUGGACUGUGCACCAUGACUGGCUGGGGGACUACACAAGAAGAUGGGAGCCUUGCUAAUCGACUGCAACAGACACAAGUACCCAUCCUGGAGAGUGAAGUCUGUGAGAGAAAUUAUUAUUUUCAUCACCCUGGAGGGAUCACAGCUCGGAUGCUUUGUGCUGGUUUUGCUUCCUCUGGAGGUCAGGAUUCCUGCCAGGGUGAUUCUGGUGGCCCCUUGGUUUGUCAUAAUGAAAAAGAACCAUUUAUUCUUUAUGGCAUCAUCAGCUGGGGUGUUGGCUGUGCCAGACCAAAGAAACCAGGAGUUUAUACAAGGGUGAGGGUCUUCCUGGAUUGGAUCAAAUCCACUAUAAGAGAGAUUGAACCAACUGCACUUCAGAUAAGUAGUAAUGGACAUGAAACCUUAAUGCAGAUGCCAAUGAAACAGCCAACAGAACUAAUGGGCACUUCAUACAGACAAGCCAUGGUAAUUGGUACCCAGGCAGAUAACUUCAGCAGUAGUCCAGGAUUUGGAUGGCCAUUGAGACUGAAGAAUAGUUCCACCAGGACAGUGUGGGGAAUGAAAGGAAGUAUAUAUGAGCACUCUAAAAUCAUGACAGGUGUGGAAAAAGGAGUAUGGAAUAGGACUGAAGAGAAGAAACUUAAAGAAAGCAAAGCUGAACUGUGUGGUGUCCUGCUGACUCCUAUGACCUUUCUGAGUCCUGGCCCUGUGGUGAAAGUGGUGUUCCAUUCUGUUACCCUUGCUGCCUUUGGCAUGGAGUACAUGGUCUUCAGAAUCCAAGGGCCAAAGACCGGGAAGACAGUUAAACGGCCCAAAGAUGUGAACCAAGAAUUGUCCCGCUGCAGGGAUGUCCUUCUCACAGACCGGGAAGGAUUGAUCCAGUCACCAGGAUAUCCCCAUGGCUAUCCAAACACCACCAGCUGCCAUUGGCGAAUUGUAGCACCCUUAAAGUCCAUCAUUCGGAUUGAUUUCCUGACCUUCUGGACUGAGAAGACCCUGUUUGAUUGCCAUGGGCAACUGAUGGUGUAUGAAGGAUUGGGGCCAAGCAAGGAGUUAAUAGGUAACUUCUGUGGUGAAAUUUCACCCCAUCCUUUAAAGUCUGAUGGGCCUGUGGUGACGCUGACUUUCACAUCCAGUGCUGCAGUGGCUUCAAGAGGGUUUAUUCUGACCUACUCUUUCCAUGAUACACAACCUGGUUCUGCUUUAAGAAAAUUGAAAGCUGCGUCUAAAGGGUGUCCAGUCUUUGAUCUAAUUCCAGUUGGAUCAGCUGAGAUAACAUCUCCUAAUUAUCCCAACACUUAUCCUAACAUGCUGAACUGCACCUGGACAGUUUAUUCCACUUCAGGAAAUAGGUUGAAAGCUGUGAUCGUAGACUUUGUAACAGAGAAUGCAAAAGACUGCAUUUGGGACUCUUUGAACAUCUAUGAUGGCCCAAAUCACUAUUCAGAGCUUCUCGCUAGUUUAUGUGGCCAAACAAAGUCUUUCCACCUGCUAUCAAGCAGCAGCUACCUGACUCUGCGUUUCAAGACUGAUAGGUCUGUGGGGAACAGAGGUUUUAAAAUUCUCUUUGAAGAAGAGACUCGGUGGCCAGCACAGAAGAGUAGGAGUGGCAUAGAACUUGAAAGCAAAUACAAAUGUGGCAUUCCAAUGGUGGAUCCAUUCCCAGUGGACAAGAUUGAAACACAUGUGAAAGGAGCAAGAGACGAGCUAGGCAAGCCAAGGGUCGUUGGUGGCCGCCCAGCACUUCAAAUGUCCUGGCCCUGGCUGGUCAGUCUACAGUUUGAGAGUGAGCAUUUCUGUGGAGGUUCUCUGAUUUCUGAGAAGUGGGUCCUAACAGCUGGACACUGUAACUUCAGUGCUCAGACAGACAGGAUAUUUCUGGGGAAAACGUAUCUGUUGCCAAAUAUAAAAGGCAACAGCCCUGCCCUUGUGAAAGCUGUGCAUGUGCACUAUAACUUCAGUGGAUUUCCUUCCAGCAAUGAUAUCACUCUCUUGGAACUGGAGAAACCCAUCAAACUAGGUGACUCUGUAGCGCUAAUUUGCUUACCAGAUAGAGAUGAGGAAAUAAGCAUUGAUGCAAGAUGUUUAACAGCGGGAUGGGGAGCAACAGAAUCAGGCAAGGAUGAAUACUCCAUCAGGCUGCAGCAGGCGAGUAUACCUCUCUUCUCCAAUGAGGCCUGCAGGAGCUACUGGGGGCAGGAUAUUAAAAAUACCAACAUUUGCGGUGGAGCAGCUGGCGCAACUGCUUGCUUGGGAGAUUCUGGAGGGCCACUGAUCUGCAUGGUAAAUGGAUAUUAUAAGCUGAUCGGCAUUGUGAGCUGGGGCAGUGAUAAUUGCAAUCCAAAAUCACCAACGGUUUAUACCAGAAUUUCUACCUACAGGGACUGGAUUUCUUCAGUCACUAAUGGAAAAGUGUGAUGGUUGAGUUGAACUCUUAUUCCUGUCUAAAUGGGGAAGAAUGUGUGAAAUAUGCAGGGUAAAAUACCCAAUAAAUAUGGCAGCAUCUGUCUCCCAUCCUGAUUUUUCUUUAAACAUCAAGAGACUGUGCCAGUGAGCUAAUGCAGCGGUUGUCUUCUAAUGGCAAAUCUAACACCCUUGCAACUCUAUCAUGAGAAACUCCAUCUCCCAAUAGGUGUUGCCCACAUUACAGACACGUUCUUUGCUGGUCUAAAUUAGUGCCAUUCUUCUGAAGUCAAUAGCACUUCAUUUUUAAUAGACAAACAAAGUGUGUGUGUGUUCUGAUAAAAUAAAUAUUUUAACCCAGCAAUUCUCAGCUGCUGCUCAUUUGACCACUCUCAGAACUCUGAGCAACUAUUUCCAAAAGAACAGUACAGACCAGCUUGUCAGAUUCACCACAGUACUUCACACACUACACUUAGAUAUUCUGAUUGAAUACCUUGUGCCUUCCAAAUAAGGCACUGGCUUUAGUAGAAGGGGAGGUAGAGAAGCAACAUUUUACUGGCUGUUACAGGUAAAGAUGCCAAGAUGUCAAGAAAAACAUGGGCACCUUAUAUGGGGAGGAAAGGGACCCACACAGAGUGACUAAAAAAGAAUGACCUUGGUAGAAAAUCUGAAAGAAGAAUCUAGCAUCUCUAAAAUACAAGCUUCCCCAUCUCUUCACUGUGUGUAAAGUGAGGCUGACUAGUUGAAAGAAGUCACUUCAGCUAAAUAGCCCCCAAACACUUCCUUUAGCUAACAGGCUUUUGAUUCUGUAUUGAGAAGUCCCUUUCUUGCUUUUUAAGUUUAGACUAAGUUUAAUAGAUUCCUGAUUACCUGUUCUUGUAUCAAGUGCUUACCUUCAGAAUGUUUUAUGCCUUUUUUCCCCUCUGAUAGUGCAUCUCCAUUAGUGCACAGACAGUAUGAAAUGCUCAGUCAGAUGCUACCAGCUAUGCCACGUGUAAUUCUACCACUAAAAUAAGAGUUAAAAACCACUGCAGCUGAAAGGAGAAUGUGAGUAAAGGGGAACUAGGUUUUCAUCUGACCAGUGUCUGGACUGCCAAUGUCGAACAUUGACAAAAUUGAGUCAAACCUCUCAAAAUUGUGAUGGGCUUAAAAUACUUGAAGCACUUCAUUUGCCUUGUGGUUUUUAGCCCUCCUUGUUGAGGAACAUUUUUCUCCAAGCUUUUCUCCCUAACAAAAGCUGAGAUUCACUCACAUGGCUUUGCAGUGUUACGAACACAGCAAAACGAAGAUUGUCUCUAAAAUUGUGAAUAGACCGUGUGUGUUCAGAUGGUGGUAGAAGUCUCAUGUCUGUGGAGGUGACUGCCAUUUGGGGGACAACAUGUUAUGGGAGAAAAAUGUCCCAUUCACUAUCUUCUGGAGACUUGACUUUUUGGUUUGGUUUCUUAUUUUCCCUUCAACUACAAUAAACGUAAUUUAAACCAAGUUACAUGGCUGCUUUGUGUAUAUCAAACACUAAACUCCAGACUCUUCAGGAAUAGAUUGGCUUCAGUAU